AUUUUCCUAUUAACUGAAGGUAACAAUUGUUAUAGUCGCGUCCUAACAAAGCUUUGGAAGUAAUUGCCUCGUUUUCACGUCCUAAACCUUUGUUAUAUAUACUAGCUUCGUUUUCACGUCCGAACCAUAGUUACACUAGCUUAGUUUUCACGUCCUAACCGUUGUUAUACUGAUCACCAAUAUAAAUUCUAACCUUCUUCUCCAUUAGCCAAAACCAAAAAAACGCACACCAAACCCUAAUUCUCUCUCUCGAUCCUAACAAUGAGCAAAGUAUCCAAGAGAAAAACUCUGCCGGCGGCGACGGAGGAGGCCACCACCAGACGCACCAAGCGCGUCAAGGCCUCUCCGCCGCCUCAGUAUGUAGAAGAGCAGCGUAACCUUCAGGAUCUAUGGAAGGCUGCAUUCCUUGUAGGGACCGAGUGGGAUCGGCUGGACUCGGUCUACAAAUACAACUGGGAUUUCAGGAAUCUGGAGAAGGAAUUUGAAGAGGGCGGGAAGUUUUACGGGAUUGGACCCACCAACAAAGUCUAUAUCUUUGCCGCUACGGAGACUGCGUCGACGGCGCUGCCUGAGUUGCUUCCGACAUUGGCUGCGGUCGUGGCUCCUCGGCCGCCGUCGAUGGAGAUUGCGAUCAAUGCGGUGCAGAGAGAAGAGGAGAUAGUUCCUCUGAAGCACAUGAAGAUGGAUUGGAUGCCCUACAUUCCUCUGGCCAAGUCGAAUUUGCCUCAGAUUUUUGUGAUGGGAUGUACACAGAGAAAGACAAGCUUGAAGCAGAUGAAAGUGGAGCGUUUGAUGAAGUUUCAAUACUGUGUGCCUUAUAUAAUGAAUCCGAAGGUCGAAGAGGAGAAGGAGCGUGAUGCUGAUGUGGAAUUUUUCUUCCCACGGGAGCCUCAACCGCCGCUGAAUUGUGAAUUCAAUUGGGAAGUCGAUGAAGUUGAGACGUACACUGAUAACCUUAUUGAGGAAGAGGAGUUGAGUCCGGAUGAGAAGGAGGAAUUCAUGGAGAUUUUGAAGGAGGAAGUGAAGAAAUCUAAGAGGAAGAUGAUGGACGCGAGGAAGAAGAGAAUGGAGAAUCCAAAUUAUGAGGAAGCUGCAACCUAUUAUGGGAACAAGAAGCUUUACAAGAUCUACCCAGUACAAACACCAGACACUCCUAUGAUAGAGAAUAGGUGUCACUAUGUCAACCGCUACUACAGGAAUGCCCAUGAGAUUAUUUGA